AUGGUAAACAACAAAAAAAUUCGAGCUCUUCCAAACCCCGUGCGGCCCAAUCAACAACACUUGGUCUUCAGUGACCGCACCAUUGAUAUGUUGCGAAAGGCAGCACCGGCAGCACUGCCGUUGCUGCUUGCAGUGGCAGCAGCAUUGGCAACAACAACAACGGCAGCUGCCCAGCCCAGCCAAGCCGAGGAAGAGGAGAUACCGACGAGCUCGGCCCUACCACCUGCAGCCACGACCCUGGGCGCGCUGUUCCGUCAAGCUCGUUCGGACUACUAUGCGAGCGGGGGUGGUGCUAGUGGCAACAGAUACGCCGACGAGGGCCUGCCUAUAUCGCGAGCGGAUUCGCUUCUCGAGCACCGGGACGCCUCGUACUACGAGUCGAGAUGCAUCACCUGCGACCCGAGCAAGGCCGCUCAGACAGCCGCCGCCGCUGCCGUGGCCGCCCAUCAGACCACCGCUGAUCGGGAGUAUUUUUUUAGUCCUUACUCGGCGAGGUGGAGGCAGAGGGGAAAGUACGAUUACUACGACGACGAGUACGAGGAGCGAAGGUACCGUGACCGGUACGACUACUACGAACGGGCGAAGACGCCUGGCUACGAUUACGAUCGUUACGAUCCCUACGGGAGAAACGAGGUUUACAGGUCAUCCGUGUACAACGACAGGUAUGAUCCGUACGAGCGAGAUCGCUACUACCCGCGUCAGGUGGACCGGCCGAUCGAUCGUCCCCUGAUCGAGCGGCCGAUAGCCGAUCGUCCACUGGAGCGACCGAUCGAGCGGCCCUACGACCGCAGCUACGAGCGCGGCAACGGCUACGACAACUUGGACAUGCGCUACCCCUACGACGAUCGGUACGAUCGGUACGGGCCGUCGAGGAGACCAUCGCCGACUCCACCGCCGGCAUACGACGAGUACGGCCCGUCGAGGUACGACCGGUUCAACGGGAAUCGUAACUAUGGACGCUACGACGGCCGGGGCUACGACCGCUACGAUCCCUACGAGAGGAACGGCUACCGGAGGCCCACCUACGACGACAGGUACGACCGCUACGGAGGCAGCAGCAGCCGAGGCUACCCCCCGGACCAUCGGGGCUACUACGGCGUGGGUGUGUCCGACGGGGGUGGCUGGGCCGCGCACACCGGCGGCGGAGCCGAUAGAGCAGCCUACGCGAGCGCCUGGAACUACUCGGGUGGAGGCGGCGGUGGAGGCGCCCGGGACAACUGGAGGGACGCGAACCGCGAGCGCGAGCGCGACAGGGACCGCGACCGCGACGCCGGGUUCUAUCGGCCCCGGGAUUACUUUUACGACAGCACCGCAGCGCCCGGCGGCUCGCGAGGGACGAGCUACCUUUACGACAGGCCCGAGUCCUCAACGAAGCCGGACGCCGAUCGCGACAAGCCGACCAACUCCCCCCAGACCCAAGACGCUGGAAAGACCUACAAGGAUUGA